CAGAGAGGAGCCUCGGAAGGUUCAAAGCAACUGAAAAGCAGCAGCUGCUCAAUACAAUAACUACUUUGACUGCUCCUCCAAGACAUUCUCCAGAGCUCUGCGAUCGCCGCCGCCUGGUCGCCCGAUCAUGACGGCUGUAGCGGAGGCGGCGGCCAAGUCAAAGGUAACGAAAUCCAGCUCCGGUGAUCAUUUUUCUAACCCUAACGGAAAAGUGUGGUUCUAUUCUUUGCUGCUCACGCUACAAUACGGUGCUCAACCUCUCAUCUCCAAACGGUGCACGGGGAGAGAAGUGACUGUCACUUCUUUAGUUUUGACAUGCGAGGUGGUGAAGGUGAUUUGUGCUCUUCUUCUUAUGGCAAAAGAUGGUACUUUGAAGAAACUAUUCAAGGAGUGGACUUUAGUUGGCUCUUUGACUGCAUCAGGACUACCAGCGGCCAUAUAUGCACUGCAAAAUAGCUUGUUGCAGAUAUCAUACAGAAACCUUGAUUCUUUGACGUUCUCAAUGCUGAACCAAACCAAACUUUUUUUCACUGCUUUUUUCAUGUAUAUGAUAUUGAGGCAAAAGCAAUCAAUCCAGCAAAUUGGGGCUCUUUUCUUGUUAAUACUUGCAGCUGUCCUUUUAAGUGUUGGUGAAGGUUCCAGCAAAGCUUCAAGCAGUAGCAAUCCUGAAGAAAUUCUAUUCCGUGGAAUCAUUCCAGUGUUGGUAGCUUCUGUACUAUCUGGUCUUGCUUCUGCUUUGUGUCAGUGGGCAUCUCAGGUUAAGAAACACACCUCAUACUUGAUGACAGUAGAGAUGUCUAUUAUUGGAAGCUUGUGCUUGAUGGCUAGUUUUUACAAGUCUCCUGAUGGAGAAACCAUCAGACAACAUGGCUUUUUUUAUGACUGGACUCCAUUGACUUUGAUCCCUGUGAUAUUCAAUGCUGUUGGUGGGAUUCUAGUUGGCCUUGUGACAUCUUAUGCUGGUGGUGUACGAAAGGGAUUUGUCAUUGUUUCUGCACUUCUCGUCACUGCUCUGUUACAGUUUGUCUUUGAUGGCAAACCACCUUCCUUGUACUGUCUUGUGGCAUUACCACUGGUGAUUACCAGCGUAUCAGUCUACCAGAAGUACCCAUACAGAGUCAAAGCAAAGGAGGCAUGAGAUGUUAUGAACUGCUAUUUUUAGGAGUUAAUGAGUGAGGAAAUAUGCUGGCAUUUUUUAGGAGCCUUCCUCGCUUUGGAUGGCGUACUGAGUGUGUUCUUGUUAGUCAAAUUCAUCCGGUGUCAAGUGUCAAUCAAAUGUAGCUGGACUCUGUUCUUUAUUAUCUUAGAGGACGAUAUAAAGAUAAUCUGCUGUCUUCCUGCAGUUGGGAAAGGAACUGAUACAUCUUCUAAACUCUAUCAACCGUGCUGGAAGAAUACGUACAGGUUAAAUCUAUUUGCGGUCUCUCCCACUCAACAAAGAGAAGAUGCAAAGAUGCAAAUGCUAGAGCUACAACUUCAUGCCAUUCACAUUUCUAAUUGCCCUUCUUUUUGUCUCGUUACUUGUUGCAAUGUACUAUCAGGUUAUUAUCAUUAUUUUUAUCUGGGGGAUAGUAAAAGGGCCUCAGAAGAGGAACAUUCUCUUGGUUUGGAACUGAACAUGAAAUUUAAGCUUUGGCAUGUGAAACUGUACCGGCAAAAAGACUAAUGUCUUGUGUUAAUGCGCAACGUACAUGCCGUACAUCUUUUUGGUAGCAUUAGUAAUCGAACUGCCUUUUGUUUUGGUGAUUUUAA